AAGCGGCAGGUAAAAGAUACGAAGACUAGAGUUAUAGCCAGUACUUCCUGCUGUGUUGCCACCGAUAGGAUCUUAAAAUGUCUCCGAUAAAGGACUUAAAUCUGACCUAUGAAGCUGUCAACAAUAAGGGAACUUUUUCUGUAGGGGAUACUAUCGUAGGAACAGUCACUUUCACUUUGACUAAAGAAACCAAAGUGAAGUGCCUGCUGGUGAAAGUCAAAGGGGACGCGCACGUCCACUGGUCAGAGGGCACCGGAGACAACCGCAGGUCGUACAGCGCGCACAGGAGAUACUUCAAACUCAAAGAGAACCUGGUUGCAGAAAAUGCCAAAGGCACUGUACUUCCCCAAGGAGCCCAUCGCUUCAAGUUCAGGUUUACAAUCCCUCAGGGGGACAUGCCUCCAUCUUUCAAGGGGAUUCAUGGAAGGAUUGUCUAUAUGCUUGAAGCAAAGAUGUCCAGGAGCUGGCGGAUGUCUUCUCGAGCACAGAAAGAGUUCAAUUUUGUUUCAAAGUACUUUUCGCACCCUGGCCAAGUAAUGUGUCCCCAGUCUGGUACAGUGGAAAAAGGACAGGUCCAAAUGUCUGCUACCAUUAACAAGAAGGUUUGUUCUCCAGGUGACACUUUAUCUGUUGUUGCCAAAAUCUGCAACAACUCUUCCAAAAAAACGAAGCCCAAAUUCAGUUUACAGCUGAAAAUAGUGUACCGCGCCCAGGGCUCCAUAGAAACCAGUGGCGGAUGUCUGUGCAAAAUGGUUGGGGAGACUAUCGCACCGAACUCAGAGGAAACGGUCUCCUGUCAGUUGGAGAUUCCUGCCGAUGUCGCUUGCACUAUCCAGAAUUGUGAAAUCCUCUCGGUUGACUAUUAUGUCAAGGCGUAUUUGGACAUCAGUUUUGCCAUCGAUCCAACGGUUGUGUUUCCACUGGUCAUCGUUCCUGCUGGCUUUGCUACCCUUCAGCCUGGUGAGGCUGUGGGUCCUUACCCAGCUGUGGGGCCUUACCCAGCUGUGGGGCCUCACCCAGCUGUGGGGCCUUACCCAGCUGUGGGGCCUUAUCCAGCUGUGGGGCCUCACCCAGCUGUGGGGCCUCACCCAGCUGUGGGGCCUUACCCAGCUGUGGGGCCUCACCCAGCUGUGGGGCCUUACCCAGCUGUGGGGCCUUAUCCAGCUGUGGGGCCUCACCCAGCUGUGGGGCCUUACCCAGCUGUGGGGCCUUACCCAGCUGUGGGGCCUCACCCAGCUGUGGGGCCUUACCCAGCUGGGGCUGCUGGGGCCCCAAGUUACAGUGACUUCCCUCCCCCUGCCUUCCCUAGUGGACCUUAUCCUGUACCUGCAGGUCCAGGUGCUUAUGGGUACCCGGCACCAGAUCCCACUCAGCCUGGAAACAUGACAAGUGGCUGGAAUAAUCAGUGGCCACCACAGGCCGCUCCGUACGGUUUUCCAACAGCAGCUUCAUCUUCAGUGCAGCAUCAAGGUCCUACUGCUCGGCCUCUGCAUCGAGACCCUACUGCUCCACCUCUGUUUCAACAGGGAGAAGAUCCUCCAUCUUAUACGUCCCUUUUCUUACCUUCUCUGGACCCUCUGGGUACGACUGGCUCAGAUCACAAAAGCUGAGCUUCAAGAAGAACAAAUAAUCUUGACUCAAAAAUACUGAAAGGUCACGAGGGCAUUUGAGCUAUUUGUAAUGUAUUUGCAUUCUGUAUUUCUACUACUUUGUUUAACGAUAUUUACAGUUAUGUUAUAUGUGUAAAAUAUUUCAUAUAUACAGUGUGUGUUCUGAUGUAGUAGCCAACGACCAAAAUGACCUGUCUGUGCCCCUCAUUUAUUUCACUGUAAGGGGAUUAAAGCGAAAACGUGUGUUGCUACCUUU